AAGUCUUGGGCCUGGCCCCCCAGCACUUGAAGCUCUUUCCACUUUCGUCCUCUUCUGCUCAAGAUGGUGGCCUCCCGCGCAAUCGGUUGCCUCAGACGCUUUACAAAUGCCUCCAGGACGCUCCACUGCUCAGGUUAUAUUUCCCGCAACUUUACAGGGUCCUCUGCUUUGCUGGCCAGAACCCAUAUUAACUAUGGAAUCAAAGAGGAUGUGGCAGUUAUUCGAAUUAACUCACCCAAUUCAAAGGUAAAUACACUGAAUAAAGAACUACAAUCAGAGUUCAUGGAAGUAAUGAAUGAAAUCUGGGCUAGUGAUCAAGUCAAAAGUGCUGUCCUUAUUUCAUCAAAGCCAGGCUGCUUUAUUGCAGGUGCUGAUAUCAACAUGAUAGCCGCUUGCAAGACCCCUCAAGAGGUAACACGGCUUUCACAAGAAGGACAGAAAAUGUUUGAGAAACUUGAGAAGUCUAAUAAGCCUGUUGUGGCUGCCAUCAGUGGAUCCUGCUUAGGAGGAGGACUUGAGCUUGCCAUUUCAUGCCAAUACAGAAUAGCAACAAAAGAUAAAAAGACAGUAUUAGGUGUCCCUGAAGUCUUGCUGGGGAUCUUACCAGGAGCAGGAGGCACACAAAGGCUACCCCAAAUGGUGGGUAUACCCGCUGCUUUUGACAUGAUGCUGACUGGUAGAAACAUUCGUGCGGACAGAGCAAAGAAAAUGGGAUUGGUUGACCAAUUGGUGGAACCGCUGGGACCAGGAUUAAAACCUCCAGAGGAACGGACAAUUGAAUACCUAGAAGAAAUUGCAGUUACUUUUGCCAAAGGACUAGCUGAUAAGAAAAUAUCUUCAAAGAGAAGCAAAGGAUUGAUGGAAAGAUUGACAUCGUACGCCAUGGGUAUUCCAUUUGUCAGGCAACAGGUUUACAAAAAGGUGGAAGAACAAGUACGAAAGCAGACCAAAGGCCUCUAUCCUGCACCUCUGAAAAUAAUUGACGUGGUCAAGACUGGACUUGAGGAAGGAAAAGAAGCUGGCUAUCUUUCUGAAUCUCAGAAAUUUGGAGAGCUUGCGAUGACCAGAGAAUCAAAGGCCUUGAUAGGGCUGUACCAUGGUCAGGUCCUGUGCAAGAAGAAUAAAUUUGGAACGCCACAGAAGGAGGUCAAGAACCUCGCUGUUCUUGGUGCAGGGCUGAUGGGAGCUGGCAUUGCCCAAGUCUCUGUGGAUAAGGGCCUAAAGACUAUACUUAAAGAUGCUACGCUAACUGGGCUGAGCCGAGGACAGCAACAAGUGUUCAAAGGACUGAACGAUAAAGUGAAGAAGAAAACUCUAACAUCAUUUGAAAGAGACUUCAUUUUCAACAACUUGACUGGGCAGCUUGAUUACCAGGGUUUUGAAAAGGCCGACAUGGUGAUUGAAGCUGUUUUUGAGGACAUUAAUCUUAAGCACAAAGUACUGAAGGAAGUAGAAGCGGUGAUUCCAGCUCAUUGUGUUUUUGCCAGUAACACAUCGGCUCUCCCAAUCAAUGAAAUUGCUUCUGUCAGCAAAAGACCUGAGAAGAGUAAAAUCAAGGGAAAGUGAAAACACUCAAGGAUA